GAGCGAGCAUUCCUGCACCUGCCAAGGCUCCAAAAGCCGAAAUCACCCGGAAGUAGCUUCCAAAAAGCCUAAACGGGAGCUCUAGGAAAAGCUGCGGGCAAGAAGACGCAACGGCGAGCGAAGCGACCUCCUGGUAAACCUUCUGCCCGAUCUGUCUCCAUCCCUGCGCGGAAUCGCCGAACGCCCGGGCAUUAGGCAAUGCAGGCAGGGCGGACCAUGCCAGGAGGUGGGGUUCCAGUCAGUCAGAAGGGGAAAGGAGAGCGCUCACCUCUUUUCCAACUAUCCCGAUAGAUUCGACAAGCAAAGGAUUAGAUUUUCUUUCCUUUUGAAAGUUGAUGGAUCAAGAUUAAUAUUCCUUGGGCUUCUCUAGCCUGGUAUAUCACCCUGUUCCAGGUCCAACAUUAACUGUGAUUGGCAGAUAUAUUUGAAGACAGGUGAACAUGUUCAAGAGCCACCUUCUUUUGUACUAUUGGACCAUCUUUCAUCUUUUCAACUUACUAGCAGUAUGGACAACUGCUGAAGAUGUCAAUAACAGCACUUUAAAUCACACAGACAUGCUGACAGGAUCUGUACCGAUGGUAAUCUCCAGAAUUGAUCACAUUAUAGUCAAAGAAGGUUACAGUGCCUUGAUUGACUGCAACGUUCAAGGUUAUCCAGGGCCAGUGUACAAGUGGUACAACUCAAAUGGCCAUUUGGUGAAAGAAGAUGGUGACAGAGCAGGAAAAUGGAUUCUCAAUAGUGGGCAACUAAAUAUUACCAGUGUGUCGUUUGAAGAUCGAGGAAAAUACACAUGCGUUGCUUCUAACAUCUAUGGCAAAGUGAAUAAUACUGUCACCCUGAGGGUUGUAUUUACUGCUGGAGACAUGGGAAUCUACUACAUGAUUGUAUGUCUUGUAGCAUUUACCAUUGUUUUGAUCUUAAACAUUACUAGGCUGUGCAUGAUGAGUAGCCACUUGAAAAAGACUGAGAAAGCUAUCAAUGAAUUCUUUCGGACAGAAGGAGCUGAAAAGCUGCAAAAAGCUUUUGAGAUCGCUAAACGCAUCCCAAUUAUCACCUCAGCAAAAACUCUUGAGCUUGCCAAAGUAACCCAGUUUAAGACAAUGGAGUUUGCCCGCUAUAUUGAGGAACUAGCUAGAAGUGUUCCCCUACCACCUCUUAUAAUGAAUUGUAGGACUAUAAUGGAAGAAAUUAUGGAAGUAGUCAGAUUAGAGGAACAAGGCCAUAAAUUUGUAAGGCAAUCAGCUGUGGGGCAAGAGAUCAUGGACCCAGAAGAAAUGUACAUGAUUUCCAGUCCCCUCAAGCGUAGUGACUCUCUUGCCGCCGACUCAGAUGCAUCUUCUCUGCAUGAACCACCACUCAAGAUUGCUAUAAAAGUCUCUGUUCACCAGUUAACUAAAAAGGACUGUAUUGAUGACCAGACACAGGACAGUAUAGCUUUAGAAAUGAAAGAGGAGGAGGAAGAGAAAGAAGUUGCUCAAGUACAGGCACAACCUAGUGACCUGGUCUUGGAUCCUUCUACUGAACUCACCCCAAGUGAGACAACUCUGGGAAGCAGCAAUGACACAUGUACUAUUUAUGAAAGCCAUUUAUGAUACUUUCUCAGCAAAUCUAUGCAUAGUGAGAAAAUGAGAUGGUAGAGUUCAUAAAAUCAAAAGGAUUUUUUUGCCAAUAAGCCUUACCUGAACACUAUAAUUGCAAAAACAAGAAUGUGGAUUACUUGGCACUUUCUUCCUCAUUAUAUACAGUAUACUUAGCUGAGGCAUUUGGUAGAAUAAUUGCUAUUACACUAAUAUUUGAUUGCUCUUUUUGAUCCAGAUACAUUUUAAUUAAUAUUAUUUUAGUUCACAAAACACUUACCUCAGAUAAUGGUUUGGGACUGUGUUGCUUGCAAGAACAUCUAGAAAUUGUGUUUACCACUUAGAAGUAAAUUCUCAAAAUUCUCACUCUGAAGAUUCCAAUUCACAGCAGAGUUGUUGAAAUCAGGGGAGCUAUUGGUAAGGUCUGUAGUAGCAAAAUUGCUAUAAUCCGUAGUGUGAUAUUACAUAAACACAGAAAAUCAGCUGUAUUUUCCAUUUUGUUCUAUCCUUUGCUCCUUUGUGUGUUUUUGCAAAUUCAAAUAUUGUGCAUGAAGGAGCAUUUCUGUGGCCAAACUAAAGUUUUGUAGGACACCAUUGUCCUACAUUUAUUUCAUCUGAAGCCAGAUAGUUUAUAUUUAAAACAGUAUAUCUUUGUUUUUUGUUUUUUUAAUUCCUUGGAAGAAAGUAACGGUUUUCUUCACAAACUGGA